CACCACCAGAGAGAGAAGGAGAGACAGAAGGGCUGGAGCAGACGUCUCACUGGGUCUCGGCUUGACAAAGAUGCGUAUCAUCUGCUGCAGCUCGGGACUAAGAUAUAAUAGUCACACUGCAACGACAACAGGAGGAUAACCAAGCCGCCGCAUUGCGAGACGAGGCGAGGCGAGGCGGUGCACUGCAGGCUGCUCGGGAAUGUCGUCCACCGAUGUGAAUCCCUGAGGCAAAGAUGAAGCGCAAGAGCGAGAGGAGACGAGCAGAGUCGAAGAAAAAGCGCUGUGCGGCUCACAACACAGAGGCGGAGCCAAACUCUGAUGUUUACAUUGAGAUAACAGAUCAACUCUGCUUCGCCAUACUUCAACAGAAGAUCAAAAGCACUGCCGAGCGACACUGUUUCUGCAUAGAUGAAGAGUUGGCCUAUGAGAACUUCUAUGCGGACUUUGGUCCCCUUAACCUGGCCAUGUUUUAUCGCUUCUGUUGCAAGCUGACAAAGAAGCUCAAGUCAAUUACACUGUCAAGGAAGAAGAUCAUAUUUUACACAUGUGGAGACCAGAGAAAACAGGCCAAUGCUGCGUAUCUCAUCGGCUCAUAUGCUGUGAUGCAUCUAAAGAUGAUGCCAGAGGAAGCCUAUAGUCUGCUGGUGUCCAGGAAUUCAAUGUACCUCCCAUUCAGAGAUGCCUCGUUUGGAACCUGCCUGUACAACCUGAACAUCUUAGAUUGCCUUCGUGCUGUUUAUAAGGCUCUGCAGUAUGGCUGGCUGGACUUCUCCAACUUUGACGUGGAAGAAUAUGAGCACUAUGAGAGAGCAGAGAAUGGAGACUUAAACUGGAUCAUUCCGGGAAAGUUCCUCGCAUUCAGUGGACCUCAUCCAAAAAGCAAAAUAGAGAAUGGUUAUCCUCUACAUGCUCCUGAGGCCUACAUUCCUUACUUCAGAAAACACAACGUCACCACUGUCAUCCGCCUCAACAAGAAGAUGUAUGACGCCAGGCGUUUCACGGACUCCGGCUUUGAACACCACGAUCUGUUCUUUGUGGACGGGAGUACGCCGAACGACUCCAUUGUCAGAAAGUUCCUCAACAUCUGUGAGAAUGCGGAGGGAGCAAUAUCCGUCCACUGCAAAGCUGGUCUGGGGAGGACCGGCACUCUGAUUGGCUGCUACAUGAUGAAACAUUACCGCCUGACUGCUGCAGAGGCCAUAGCCUGGAUACGAAUCUGCCGACCGGGAUCCGUCAUUGGACCGCAGCAGAACUUUGUUGAAGAGAAGCAGAACUUUUUAUGGGCUGAGGGCGACGUUUUCCGAGAGAAGCUUAAUGAACAGGAGAACGGCAAGAUGGCCGUGACCAGGAUCCUGUCAGGGGUGGAUGACAUCACCAUCAAUGGGAACAACAAAAACAGAGCAUCCAACAAAGAAGAAAUGGAACUGUAUAAUGAUGAUGAGGAAAGAAACGGCCUCACACAAGGUGAUAAACUCCGAGCCCUGAAGAGCAAGAGGCAGUCCAGGUCAUCUACAGGCUCACUAUCGCAGGUAGUUUUCUGCUGCAGCCUCAUGGGCAUGGUGUGGCCAAUGUGUUGCCCGCCAUUCAAAAGAUAGCAGAGAGAGAGAGAAAGAGAGAGAGUGGGGGAGAGGAAAAACAGAGAGAGGAUGUGAGGUUUUGUAUGAUGGAGGUAAGUGCAUGUCACUUCCUUUCUAGCUGACAUCCUCUUCCUGUAGAAGUGGUUGCUAUGCCAAGUGAAUGGUAUGGUUAACCGUAUGGCUGAUUUGAAAUUUUCUUUCUUUCUUUCUUUUUUGAAAUGACUACCGUGUGAAGUGGAUCUGCACUUAAUGAAUGCAUCACAUCGACACACACUUUUCAUUGUCUGCUUCAUAGACACACUGAGCUCUUUCUGCUUUGACACCAAAGCUUAUGUGAGGAAUGCUCUGAAGUCUUGAGCUGAGCCUGUUAACAACGGCACCAAGUAUUCAACUAAUCCCCUCAGUACGUUUACAUGCAGUUUAAUCAAGAGAAGGACGCAGUGCGACAAAGAGUCCCAUGCGGCAUAAAUGCGGAGGAGAAAAUCGAUUUUUUGGCUGUGUGCUUCAGACUCCGCCUCAAUAGGUGGCGCUGUAUCGCUCUAUAAGUUUCCUGGUGACCUUUACAUUGAGAUCGUGCUGUGUGUUUCGUACCUGCUAAUUGUGAUACAAAUUAGGUCGAGCAUGGCUAUUGGGAUGCUGUGUUCGGAGAAACGCAGUUCAUACAUUGUCUCUUUCUACUUCCUAGUCAAAGUCUGACUAAGCGUACACAUGCAGGAGUAAACGGACUAUGAAUCGCAUUAUCCAAACGCAAACUGGAUUUUAGUCGGACUAACGUGUUGACCUGACAAUUAAGAAAACUGAUUCGUUGUCUUAGUCCGACUAAAAUUGGACUUUUAACACGCAUGUAAACGCACUGACCGUCUCGCAUAAGAUCUGGAUUAGUUGACUUAAAUGUUUUUAGUGCAUGACUUGCACAACUGUCCUAACGUUCUCACGAAAGAAAUACAGAAUGUUAAAAUAUAGUGGGGGGGAGAAUACUUAAUCUCCAUUAUGGUCUACAGCAGAUUAACCUCGGCCCUGCUGUGUUGUUGAAAAGCUAAACGACUCCUGAUCCUCGUACUAAUUUAAAGGCUCAUCGUGUUUGAGCUUUUGAGGAGGAAAUGAGAUGAGCGUGGAUUCAUAUCUUUUCUCGGGGAGGGAAUUGAGGCAGAAGGGGGGUCUACUUUCUCUUCAGGCUUUAUCAGUAUAUGCAUCGCUUGACAAACAUCUAACCUCAAGCUGAACUUCACCAUGUGGCUACACUGUUUGUUGUAUUCUGUAAGUUUGAGGUGUCCACAUCUUCUCAGCCUUUGUGCGCAUGGCAGCAGGCAUGAAGCCCUUUUGACAUGCAUGUGUGACCUGUGUGUUCACAAGUCUAUGUUUGUGUCUAACAUUAUUAAUGUCGGGUCGGGUUCAUUGUCAAUUGCCUGUUGUUUUUCCAUUGCUUUUUGUGACUGGAUCAGCGUAAAAAAAAAAUCAAACACCUGAGCUUUAUUUCCUUCAGGUUUCUGCCUCUGCCAUUUAGUUUUUUUAAAAGUCAUAAUGAAGAGAGUACUAGAUUUUUAAUAGUUAGGGACAGUAAGUAAUUAUGCUGUAUAUUAACUUGUACUCUAUUUUCAGUAUUGAUCAAAUAUACACUUGUUUUAAUACGUAGGCAUUCAUAGGAAUUCAGUGUAUAUUAACAUCAGAACAAGCGCAGAGCAAAAACCUGCAGAGUUGUACUGCUGGACUCGAGGCUCUAAUGAAAGGCAUUCCUUCUUAUCCAGUCCCAGUGGAAAAGCAGAACAUCAGAGGCUUUGUGUCAUACCCGGACGUCUUUUGUCUCUCUUUCCUUUUUUUUAACCCCCUUUUUACCCCCCCCCCCC